UCCCUGUCAGGGGAGAAGCGAUGCGCGUCGACUGACAGCAGCGACUCGGAGCGAGACUGGGAUGAAAUUCAUCUGUUGAUAAUCCGCUAAUUUGCUUGUAAUGAAGUCUGGCUGAUUAGGACUGGAGACGAGCCAUAACGAGAGCCAUGGUGACCAAGAAAAUCCGGACGGAGUACAUGAAGAAAUUCAGGGACCCCAAAUGGGAGACGUUUUCCAAGUGCUACGAGGACUCGCUGAAAUAUCGGCUGACCCGGCGGGUGAUGGAGCAUUCCCACAAGCCCUGGUUCUGGGAGGGCUGGGACAACGGCUCCGAGUCCAGCGGAUGGUCCACGCCGAGGAUAAGCAGGAACAAAAUCGCGCCUCUGUCUGUCCGGCCGUCGACGUCUUUGGACGGCGUGCGGCAUAAGCUAUGGGAGUUCAAGUCCAACCCCGAGCUGAAACCUUCGUCUGAGGACGUAGAAACGGAGGUGGAAGCCGGGGAAGCGCAGGUCGUCGAUGCUGCUCCGCCCACAGAAGGAGCAGUUUUAGAAAACGGUGUGACCGAAGCCGAUCAGGGCUCAGCGAAGGAGGCCCCAAACAACAGCGGACCGUCGGAUGAUGCAGCAACAGACGAUGGACCGGCGGACAGGGCUUCAUCUGACGAGGAACCGGCAAAACCUGAACCAAAGCGUCGUCACCGCCACCGCACCCCUCGCUCCGAGCCAGGACACCGAGACAGUUCCCAUGACGAUCAGCCGGCCCCGGUCCGCAAGCCUUCGAGAGCCAAGAGCCAGCCGCCGGUCAGCACCAAGGAGAAGGAGAACCGGCAACCGUCCGGCCGACACGACUGGACCGAGAGACAGACGGAGGUCAGGAGGAACACACAGGAGAGCCACGGAGCGGACGCCGGCGCCCAGACCCGGCGGGAGGCGGACAAGCGGAGCUCCAACCUGGACCGGCGGAGAGCGCGCUCGGCCGACCUGGAGAAGCUGAAGCACUCGGAGCUGACGGUGGUGGACGACCGCUGGAUGACGGAGUACAUGCGCUGCUUCUCCGCCCGGCUGAGGUAGAGGCAGAUCGCCCAGCCCUGUCGGCCAUCUUGAAACACAACACCGCCCCUCCCCCUCUCCUCCCCGCCUCCCAGCACCGUGUUUCCUUAUUGGAGGGCAGAUGACAGGACGCAGUAGUGGGACAGGUGUCGUUCUCGUCAGUUUGUUAGUAGAAGUAACAAGACAACCUGAACGGCGUCGUCUCGUUACCUCAGCGUUACACAAACAGUCGAUAUCCCUAACCCUAACCCUAACCCUGUUGAAACCCCUCGUCCUAUCCCGUCACCGCUGUCUCCUUAUUGGACAGCGGGUAACCAAACAGAAAUGGCGGGUUAUGGCUCGCUCACAUGAAAUAACGAGACGACCUGAACCACGUUGUCUUGUUUCUUCUCCGUCUGUGAGAGUGUAUCACUGCUGCUGAGAAACAAAACCUGAGUUUUUCUCACUUGGAUCAAAACACUAAAGCUCUGUUCACAUUCCUGACAUUCCUGAGGACGUCCAGUAAUUUGUAACACAAGCAGAGACUGACGGUGAUUUAAAAUUUUUUUUUAGUGAACUUCAAAACUAAACUUUGAGUAACUGAAAUUGUAAUUUGUGGUGUGCAAUGUCCUCAUCUUCUCCCUUGUCCUCUAAAAACGGCGUUUCGCUCUUUCUCCUGGCACGAAAAAUGGAUAAAGUCGUGAAAUUUAAAGAGGAAGAGUUUUUUUAUGAUAACUGUCUGGGUGUUUUUGCUUUAUUCGUUUCACAAGGAGAGGAAAAAGAGAAAGGACAACAGUGAAUUCCGAAGGGCUACAACCACAACGAUGAUUUUCAUUUAAUUGAGUUUGAUGCACGCCAGGCUGUGGACCCCUGUUUGAUAAGCUGCAGUCUCAGGGAUCCCCUUCUGAUGAGAUUUAGUUAUUACUUCAUAACUGUCUGUGCUGUGUCAUUCUUAUACAUUCUCUCAUUGGGCUAACAUUUACUCAAUGAAAUAAUAGUGAAAAUAAAAUAUUACCCUUUUUUUCUGGGAACCCCCUGGAAUCCCCUCAAGGACUCCUUGAGGACUGGGGGUCCCGGGACACCAAGAUCCCAAUUCUCAUUCAAAUAAUUGUUUCAGCGCUAGAUUUUACUGGAUUUCACGAUACUCAACAAAUGUAAAAUAAUUCCAGAAACGGUUUAACUUUUGAGUCUGGGCUUCUUAAACCCUGCUCAAAUCAUGCCGUGGGCAAUAAUGAGGCAAAUAUCUUCUCCAUCCUUCCUUCCUGAUAAAACCGCAGAUGUUUUAUGUUUUUUGGCAGCAGCGAUACAGCUCACAGGUUUUUUUUUUUUGCUUUGUUUUGUUUUGUUUUUCCAGUCUACACUUGUUAAAAAUGUCAAAUGGUUUUUUGCUUUGGCUCCGUGUGAGCUGGACAGCAAAUACUCACCAACAACAGAGACAAGAACUCUUUCUAAGCUUUUUCUUAAAAAGAAAGAAAGAAACAAACAAAGUUCACUCUUGCUGAUCUAUGAAUCCUAUUUGAAUGUAUUUUAUUUCUGAGCAUGAAAGUCUCCAGUCACAUUGCUGUGCUUUACUUUUGCUGUUGAUAUUUCCUCACAGUUUUGUUUUUGAGCUCUAUCACGAAGGCAGCUGCACAUAUUUAUAACUUUAUCGAGGUGUUUGAAUCAGUGAGAUAACUGGAAGGACCAAACGGUGGAAUAUUUUUGAUAUUUGAGUAUUUUGGAGCUACAGAUUCUAUUUCCUGCUUGGUAGGUGGCAUGGUAAAAAAAAAAGAAUUAUAGAAAGACAAGAUUUAUUAGUAAAAAUGAGUAUUUUCAGUGAGUAAAUUUUCUAGCUUUAUUGUCAAUGGUGCAAAUAAUCUUCUCAGUCUGUAUUCCAGAAAGUGAACUGUGAACGGGAAACACUGAAACCAGUGGAAGCCAAUGGAAGCCAAUGGAAGCCAAUGGAAACCAGUGGAAACCAAUGGAAGCAUGUUUCCAUUGACUUGACAAUGAGAAUGACCUGCAAUGCUAGCAUGCUACUUUUCCAAUAACUGCAGUGCAAAUAUAGAAUUUAUUUUUCAGACUAAUGUGAGUGGUGAAGAAAAAUCAAUCAAAAUACCUUUUAAAGGGGAAGUCCGCUCAAAUCAAUCAACCUUUAGGGUGUUGUUUGAAAAGGAAAAAAAUAUAUAUAUGUAUCUUUUUUUCUGUUUUAGACGUUUUGAGUUAUGGCUUUGCAAGAUUAUGAAAAAAAUGCAACUGCGAAUGCAUUCCUUUACAUUGCUUGAGACAGAUGAAAACACUCCGCUUUGUCAGAAAUCCAGCCUAGAAGUCAAGUUCCCCUUUAAUAUUGUCAUUUUUAUGCAGGGAUGAAAUGAUAGGAAAAAGGAAGUGUUUAUUAAUUUCAGGUUCAAGCUACGGUGUGUCCGCAAAAGCCUCCCAUCAGGUUGUUUUCACAUCAUAUUUCCUCAUUUAAUAUACUAACUCAUUGCCUCAGUGCAUUUUGAACAGUGUUGUGUAUGGGUUGUAGUUUUCACUUCAUCUCCUCCCUCCCCUCCGCCUCGCCGGGCUGCGGAGGAAGACUUUGGUGUCGUGGUGAAGAUGUACCGACUUCGUUUUUGACUUGUAUCUCGAUUAUUGUCAGACAGAUUUUUUUUAUUCUGGUUGUUUAUGCGUCGUGGCGUGAACGUCGGAUCCUGUGAUUGAACUCGAGGGCUAAAUGAGUCGUUGGAUUUAUCAUGUAAAUUCUGUGACUAUAUAUAGUUUUUUUAAAAUUGAAAGUGUAUCGACUCAGUUCGGGAUGUUAUUCUUUCCCACAGUCUUAAUGUCCUUCACUCAGAAUGUGCACAGCUAUAUAUACAUAUCCAUAAGUUUGUUGUCCCAAUUGACAAAACAUCGCCUCAGCAAUUUUUUAUAAAAGAUGCUUCACUUUCAACACGCAUGUCCCGUCAGGCACAGCACAACAAAACACACAGUAGUACCACAGAAACUGAAAUCCCAUUCAUUUUCUAUGGUUAAUAACAACAACAACAUUUUGGCUAUUCACCUCCAAGAGAAUGAUGUCAACUUUUAUUAAAAUAAUAAUUAUUUCCAUGGCUGAUUUCAACCACUGGAGUUCAGGAUGUUAUUUUACUCAUAUUUUCCUUCCUCACAAAAAAUCAAAGUCUGGGAGAAAAACUGAAAAUGUACAUAAAAAAGUGGCAUAUAAACUGAAAUAUGCAGCACCAAACAGUUGCAGAAAAUAUCGCCUAUCUUUGGCAGCUGUAUGGUCCAAAAAUAUGAAUCGGUGCUUUAGAGAGCUAACACUAACAUAAAGGAGACACAAUGUUUUGGCAUGAAAAUAAAAAAAGGUAUCAGUAUUGCACAAAAUGCAGGCCAUCUCCUACUACAAUCGAAAAAUAUUAUAUACUAAUAAUAUCAUCAAAGAAUUUAUAUUAGUUGAAGCCUAGUAAUUAUGGUUUAUAAUAUCUAAAGUCCUGUAUUGGGAACAUAACUGCCUUUUAGAGGACGGUCUUUUUUGAAUAUUAAAUAAUUUCUCAAAGUGGAUAUGAAGAGUUUCCUUCCAAAGUGAGACCUUCAUCACACAGAAAAAUAGUGACUGUUGAAUUUUUUUGUUAGUUUUAUUUUAUUUAUUUAAUUUUUUUUUAACGUGAGGCCAGUGUGUCAGCCUGCGCCGUGCAGCCCCACAGCCCCUGAUUGGUUUCCAGCGGGCACAGCCUGGGCGGCUCUCUGGGGGUCCUGAGCGGCGUCGGCGAGGCCAGGAAGAUCAUCUGUAAGGAGAUUAGAGCGCCACGGCUUUGCUGUAAAGAACCCAAAGGUUCUGCUGGGAACGUAGGAGCUGGGAAACGCAGGCUGGUGUGUUUUGUGUUUUGGCUGCAGCUCCUGUGGGGAUUUUGGGAGCUGAUCAGAUUUUUUGUUUUUUUUUAAUCCCUCCUCUCCUGCUCGAUGAACUGUGAGCAGGAGGUCAAAGGUCACCGGGAGUGUCCCAGUGCCCCUGUUAGAUUACCAGCGUGAGCAGCUAACUUGAAUUACCGAAGGGGAUAAUGUGGAAAACAAAAAUGGAACAGAGAGAAGAGGAUGAGGCUCUUUUCUGGGACAGAGGAUGAAGUUAAACUUAACACGGUUCACUGCUGAAUGUUUACUUCCUGCAAGGUGCUAUCACUUCACUUCACUUCACUUCACUUCUUUGAUUUGUUUUGAUUUAUUUUCUGUCUGACAUUGAAUUAGUAUGUGGUAAGUUUAACGUAUUAGUUUCGAUGAAGGUGGGGAUUUUUUCCUUUACUGUUCAGUCGAGGUGGUUAUGGCCGCUCAUGUUAACCCUGACCUCUUCUUCUUCUGGACAUUUACUUCAGUGAAAAUAUGAUUGUAGUUAUAAGUUUAAAUUAAUAUCCUGUGUGGUUUGCAAACAGUCUGCUGCGACAGAAACCUCCAUGUUUCCACAAAACAACAAACGGCACAAAAUGAAGACAAAGUUUAGUGUUUUUCAAAGGAAACAAGGGAAGCAUCAAUAAAAUAAAAACACUUUUACAGAGGGAAUCCUUUAUAUUUUUGGAAUAUUAAUAAUGAUGAUGAAGAGCAGAUAAUUGUUUUUUUUUUUGCUUUUUUGUUUGAUUCCUCCAACAUGGAUGUACAGAACAUUUGAAAAUGUACUCACUUCAUUUAACAUCAUGUUGUAAUGUACAGCACUGUGUCAUCACCCAAAAAGCUUUUUUUU